AUGGGAGUCGACGACAACGAAUGCAGUGACUAUGUACCCCACCAUGUCUCUGCGACAUGCAACAAUAUCUGCUACGACCUAACAUUCGAAAACGAGUUUCGCGUAUCAAAAACGAAUGUCGCGCACCUUGGCGAUCGCCAGAUAACGACAAAAGAUUUGUCCGUCGAUUUUGCGAGAGUUCUCGGUCGCGAUCGACUUGAUGGCGUGUACCCACUCCCAGAAUUCUCUGUUGACGUCCUUGGGCGACUUCGCUGGGCGUGGGUGCACCCCAAAUACUCCACAGAUCAAAUACCGUUUUGGAUGAAAUUGCCUGAUCGUGUCAGGGGGGUUUUCUCAGGUACUUCGGGUCUGAUCUUUAUACCAGCGCUAGCCUUUGGGAGGUAUGGAAUGUGCCACACGUCGUCAUUCGACAGUGAUUGCGAAGCAUAUUUCCCGCAUAAAGCACGGCCUGCUGGCGUCGUCGCCGUUGGUACACUCGUUGGAGGUGCCGGGGCAAUCACUGACUCUUGGGAGUCUUCUGCUUCGGUAACGCGAUGUGGAGGUAGCUUUCCCUCUUCAUUGUCCUCUCUAACUUGUGGAGAAGACCAAACAGAGCUGUUACCGUCGGCAUCGCUGUCCGACUUUGAAGUUUGGCGUCUUCACAUCUCUGCCCCGGGCGUGUCGCCAGGCUUGGGAGGAGCCGCCCUGAUAACUUUCCAAACAGAUGCAUUUCGCGUCGGCGUCUUUCGUAUUGUCAUGUUCGAAAUCUCUCUCUCCGCUCUUGGCACAACUUCUUCUUUCAGGUACCCCUACUUUUCGGAACAAGUCAAGUUUCAUUCUGGUUAG